AUGAAAUGUGAGCCCGGGUGGCCGAGGACGCUGGAUCGGCCGCUUAGCCCGCCGCCCAAGCGCCGCGGGGACAGACAAAGAGACCUCCGCCCCAGCGCAGCCCCGCGCGGCGGCCCGGGCUCCCCUCGAAAGCUCCCAGGGCGAUGGCCAGGUCUCCGCGCCACCCGGCUCUCCAGAGCGCUGCCCUCUCCAUCUGACCGCCCUCCAGCUCUCCCAUACCCUCCGGUGCCGGGCUCUCCCUUGGCUCCCAGCCUCCGGCCACCGGCUUGGAUGGACGCGUGGAGGGUCCCCGGGUGUCCAGGGGUCUUGCUUCCGAAGUUGGUCCUGCUCUUUGUCUACGCAGAGGAUUGCCUUGCUCAGUGUGGCAAAGACUGCAAAUCUUACUGCUGUGAUGGAACCACGCCCUACUGUUGCUCCUACUAUGCCUAUAUUGGGAAUAUUCUCUCGGGCACAGCAAUUGCUGGCAUAGUAUUUGGAAUCGUAUUCAUCAUGGGGGUCAUUGCUGGAAUUGCCAUAUGUAUCUGCAUGUGCAUGAAAAACAACCGUGGGACACGGGUGGGUGUCAUCAGGACCACCCACAUCAAUGCCAUCUCCUCCUACCCUGUGGCACCACCCCCCUACAGUUACGACCAUGAGAUGGAACACUGUGCAGACUUGCCCCCUCCGUACUCCCCGACCCCAGCACAGCGUUCUCCACCCCCUCCAUAUCCUGGAAAUUCAAGGAAGUAA